AUGAGCUAUCACAUGAAUAAUGAGGAUACACGCAGAGGUUUGAAAAGAAAGCCCCCAUACAUGGAUCGAGGGCAAGAACGGGGACCUUACAAUAUGAAUUCUAGACCUUAUGACAGGAACAUGGUUCCAGAUGGUUGGUUUGACUGCCCAGCACAUGGGCAAAAACUAGGACGCAUAAUCCCUUCGAAGGUUCCACUUGGUGAAUCCUUCAAUGAUUACAUUCCAAAUGAAAAAUAUACUCCUACACAAGCUAUUCAUCAACAAAGAGUCUUAGGUCGAGAACUUGGUUUAGUGAUUGAUUUGACAAAUACUACUCGUUACUAUCCAUUAUCAGAUUGGACAAAAGAAGGAAUUGGUCAUGUCAAGAUAAGAUGCAGGGGAAAAGAUGCUGUGCCUGAUGAUGACUCUGUAAAAAAAUUCUGUGAUGAGUGCUUGAUAUCUUACUGGAGGUUUUAUGAUUUAUACUUGUUAGAUAUUCGUUUUAGGUUCAAGAUUUUUGCUCCCAAAGAAAAAAUGAAAAGAAAUAUAUACUUGUACAUUGCACCCAUGGGCAUAAUCGUACAGGCAAUAAAUAAAUUUGCUUUGGCACGCCACCCAGGAAUUUACAAGCAGGACUAUAUUGACGCCCUGUACAUGUUUUACCAUGAAAAAAAGCCGGAAGAUCUUGUUUGUCCUCAAACCCCUGAAUGGAAGAGAACUUCUGAUCCUGAUUAUCAUGGCACAACUGUUCCAGCUGUGGACAAUUAUGGACACAUUCCAACACAGGAGAAUAUUGUGAGAAGUGAAGUAUUGACAAAUGAUGAUGUCUUGGGAGAUCCAAUUCCUCCAAAUCAGCUCCGUGCCAUGCAAGAAGUUUGUUAUGAACUGCUCAAGUUAGGCACAGGGGGAAGAGGACGUUCGCAGUUUCCUGGAUCACACCCUGUUUCUCUGAACAGGGAAAAUCUGCAACUCUUGAGACAACGAUAUUACUAUGCCACGUGGAAAGCUGAUGGGACACGCUAUAUGAUGCUGAUUACUUGUGAUGGAUGUUAUUUGAUUGAUAGAAAAUUUCUUUUCCAAAGGAUCAAUAUGCGAUUUCCUUGCAGAUAUUCAAAUGGGAGUACACCUGAGAGGAAUCACCACUACACAUUACUUGAUGGGGAGAUGAUUAUUGACAGGGAUCCACAAACCAAUAAGCAAGAGAGAAGAUACCUCAUUUAUGAUUUGAUGGCAAUCAAUCAGGUCUCUUUAACAGAGCUUCCGUUUUAUGAAAGGUGGAAACUUCUGGAGAAAGAAGUAAUUGAACCUCGUAACAUGGAACGAGAUGGCCUUUCAAAGAGUACAAAUCCUUAUUAUAGAUAUGAUUUGGAACCAUUUAGUGUGAGGAGGAAGGGAUUUUGGUUACUAUCUACUGUGUCAAAGCUCCUUCAUAAAUUUAUUCCACAAUUAUCGCAUUCAUCAGACGGUCUUGUAUUCCAGGGUUGGGAUGAUCCAUAUGUCCCUCGCACACAUGAAGGUCUUCUGAAGUGGAAAUACCCUGAGAUGAACUCUGUUGAUUUCCUCUUUGAGGUGGGAGCUGGGGAUCGUCCCUUGCUUUUUCUGUUUGAACGUGGAAGGAAGAAGUUAAUGGAGGAGAAUGUUAUUUUUAAAGAUGCAUCAGACAUUUCUUCCUAUUCAGGAAAGAUCAUUGAAUGCUACUGGGAUUCCGUGGGUCGUCAUUGGGUCUGUAUGCGGAUCAGAAUAGACAAAGCAACUCCAAAUGAUAUCAAUACCUAUAGAAAGGUAAUGCGAAGCAUAAAGGAUAACAUCACAGAAGAUGUCUUACUGAAUGAGAUCAAUGAGACAAUUUGCCUACCCUUGUAUGCCGACAGAAUACAAAGGGAUAUCAAGGCUCACCAGCACAUGGUCUCUUCUAGGCGCAAUUCUCCGGGAAUAGCAUUGUAUUUAUGUCCUCAACGUUCCAUCACCAACCACUGUUUCGUUAUCUCCGUCCCGGAACCUUCCAAAAUGCCUCUUCUGCCUCUCUGCAGCAUGCUCUUCUUCUUUGCCUUCUUGCUCUUCCUCCCUCUGACACCCACAUUCCAAAUCCCGUUGGUAGCCCCAGUCUCAAAAGACCCCUCUACCCAACUCUACACCCUCUCCCUCUUCCUCAAAACCCCACUCCAGCACACCAAACUCCACCUCGACCUCGGUUCCUCCCUCGCCUGGCUCCUCUGCGACUCCACCUACAACUCCUCCUCCUCCCACCACAUCCCCUGCAACGCCUCCCUCUGUGACUCCUUCCCCUCCAAUGCCUGCUCCAACGACACGUGCGCCCUCUUCCCGGAAAACCCCCUCACAAGAACCACCCUUCUCGACACCGCCCUCGUCGACUCUCUCGCCCUUCCCACCUACGACACCUCCUCUCAGAGCCCACUCGUUCUCAUUUCCGAUUUCAUCUUCUCCUGUGCAACGGCCCAUUUGCUCCAAGGCCUCGCCACCAAUGUGACCGGACUAGCCGCUUUGGGCCGGUCCAAUUACUCCCUCCCGGCCCAAGUAAGUACGGCACUAAGUUCCCCGCGUUCUUUCUCUCUAUGCUUGCCUUCUUCGUCCAACACAGGCGCAGCUAUCUUCUCCUCCAACACCAUCUCUUACUUUUUCUCUUCCAAAAUUGAGCUCACUUACACACCCCUAAUUCUAAACCCCGUCGCCGACACUGUCGUCACCCACAACUCACAACCGUCCGAUGAGUAUUUCAUAAACCUCACCUCCAUCAAGAUCAACGGCAAAGCCCUUCCCAUCAACGCCUCCAUCUUAACCGUCGAUCAAACCGGCUUCGGUGGGACCAAGAUCAGCACUGCGGAGCCCUACACCGUUUUGGAAAGCUCCAUUUACAAGUUCUUCGUCCAGUCUUUUGUCAACGAAUCCUCCGCUUUUAACUUAACGGUGACGGAGGCCGUUGAGCCCUUUGGCGUGUGCUACCCUGCGGGAGACCUCACGGAGACCAGAGUGGGACCCGCGGUUCCGACCGUUGACCUGGUGAUGCAGAGCGAGGACGUGUUUUGGAGAAUCUUCGGGGGCAAUUCGAUGGUGAGGAUUGAAAAGGGGGGAGUGGAUCUGUGGUGCUUGGGUUUCGUGGAUGGUGGGAGCCGUAGGAGGACGGGCGUGGUGAUUGGAGGGCAUCAAUUGGAGGAUAAUGUAGUGCAGUUUGAUCUUGACUCAAAUAGAUUUGGUUUCACCUCGUCUCUGUUGCUCCAGGGUGCCAAGUGUUCAGUUGGAGCCAAACCAACACAGCCUCUGAAAAACGUUCCUUCCAGUGGACAAAUCCCGAUGAUGAGGCCAAAAGAGAAGGUGGUGUUGGUGAUGGGAGCAACGGGGAGCGGGAAAACGAGGUUGUCGGUGGACCUAGCAACAUGUUUUCCAUCAGAAAUCAUAAACUCUGACAAAAUGCAAGUCUACGAAGGGCUUGACAUUGUCACCAACAAGGCCUCCAAAGAGGAGCAGCGUGGGAUCCCACAUCAUCUGUUGGGGACACAGAACCCCAACAUGGAGUUCAACGCCUCGGAUUUCUGCGACGUGGCCUCACGCGCCAUCGAGUCCAUCACGCGCCGGGACAAGGUUCCGAUAGUGGUGGGAGGGUCCAACUCGUACAUGGAGGCGCUGGUGGAGAGGUUCGGUCCGAGGUUUGAGUGGUGCUUUCUGUGGGUCGACGUGUCCAUGCCUGUGCUCCAUUCCUACGUGGCGCGGCGCGUGGACGACAUGCUCGGUGGCGGAAUGGUGAACGAGUUGAGACCGUUUUUCAACGUGAACGGGGAUUACUCGCGAGGGAUUCGGAAGGCCAUUGGGGUGCCGGAAUUCGACGCGUAUUUCCGGCGGGAGGGGGUGGCAAGCGGCGAGACGCGGAUGAGGCUGCUUCAGGAGGCGGUGAUGGACGUGAAGAGGAACACGUGUCACUUGGCAUGCAAGCAACUUGGGAGAAUCCACAUGCUCCGAAGUGUUAAGGGGUGGAAGAUCCACCGCGUUUGCGCCACGUCGGUGUUUCAGAAAAGUGGGCACGAGGCGAAUGAGAUGUGGAAGAACAUGGUGGCGCAACCUUGCGCCUCCAUUGUUUCUCAGUUUCUCUAUAGUUCUUCCCAUGCUGCUUCUGAGAGACUCACGUAA